CACGAGACCGUGACGGUGAUCAAUGUGUGUCAUUCUUGACAGAUUGUCGUCGUUCUGUCAGAAGUUCCGGCAAUUUUUUAUAAAUUUUUCGUAUUAUGAAACAUUUGGAGAAAUUGUUGGUAUGAUUUCGUUAUGUCAAAUAACAUGGAGCCCGAAGAGGACGAAAUACCUUUGGAUUCCAGUGUCCCAGAAACAUUCGAGGAAAUGUCAGUUCCUAUUGAAAAACAUAACCUGAAAGUUAGACGAAGAAAUGUUAGCGAAACGGUGAAUUUCGUGUCGGAAGAAGAUAAAAUCUCGGACUCUGAAAGUGCCAUACCUAUCGUAAGAAUGUCUGAUUCUACGAAGGCAUGGUAUGAUAACGAUAUACCACGAAUACCUGACAUCGCGGACUUUAGUUCGUCAGAAACAUUGACGAAUAAAGAACGGAUGAAAAUAAGCGUUAUUCGAGGAAGCGUUGUUAAUCCGAAUCUGACAUUAGGAGAACUUAAAUUACUGGGUUGCAGCAGUGAGGGUCUUGUUCAUGAUGAUAUACGGAGUGUUCUGUGGCCAAAACUAUUGAGACUCUCGGAGGAAAGUAGUUUUUCUGUAAAUGGAUUAGAAACUAUACACAAUCGCAUACCAAAUGAGGUCUAUCAACAAAUAUUAAAGGAUGUUGCACGCAGUGGUAGUCAUAUUUCUCAAAAUGCUACACAACGUGAGAUAGAUCACUUUCACGAAGAGUUGACACAAUUAAUGUGUUGGGUUCUUCACAAACAUUCUACGUUAAAUUAUUACCAGGGUUAUAAUGAUAUAGCAGCAACUGUUCUUCUUGUCAUGGGCUUAGAAAGAGGUUUACGUGUGCUUGAAGGUAUUUCUUUAGAAUUCCUUGAAAGAUUUAUGGAGAAAACAAUGGAAAAAGUGAACCAAGAAUUAUUUUAAAUAUUUUCACUUUUGGAAAUAUUUAUAUACAAAUUACCUACUGAAUCUGUUUUCUGCUAUAGCGUUGAAUUAUUUCCGCAUUUUGCAUUGGCUGAGUACACAACAUGGUAUGCGCACAAAUAUGCGGAAAAUAGAAAACUUUUACACAGAUUAUUCGAUUAUUUCCUUGGUAGUCCUCCACUGAUGCCUCUUUAUUUAAGUACUGUGAUCGUAGCACAUAGAGCAACAGAAAUUUUUAAUACUGCACCAGAUAUGGGUCCUACACAUAAAGUUUUAUGUACUUUGCCGCAUGAUUUGCCUUUUGAAACGCUUCUGAUCGAAGCGAAAAAUUUAUAUCGUAAAUAUCCUCCCGAAUCUAUAAGUAACGAUGUUAGAGAAUACGAUCGAAAACGAAAAUUUAAAGAACAGGAAUGGAAAGCAAAGGCGGAAGCGAGUCGUCAAGAAAGGGAAAAACAACGUCAGCUUAGAAUUGUACAAUCAACACCGAGAAUACCCUAUCGUAUUAGAAGUUACAAAACGAUCACAAUGGUAACAAUUUUGGCGCUGGGAUUGUAUGCCUUUCUAAGAUCUUCAUCUGGUCUUAACUGA